AUGGGGCCCAUUGCUGAUGUGCUCUUAGUUCUGCCUGCGUGGCGUGGGGUCCUGGAGACCUUCCUGGAGUUUGUCCAGCAACCAUCAUGCAAGGUGGUGCUGGGGACCCUCCUACUCCUCGGAGGUGGAAGCUUCAUACUGUGGGCUCAUAGGAAGAGGAGAAGGAAGACAGCCCCCGAGUCUGUACCGGAGGAGCAGGAGCUGCCAGAAGGCCCCAGAACAAAGAAUGAGAGCUGGAUCAAAUCUCACUUUAGCCGUCUCUCGGAGGAGAAGCUGGCUACCUGCAGCAACAUGGCCACAGCCCCCAGCAGGAGCAGCACUGGCCCCCAGCCAGACAGUGGCAGCGGAGAGGCCAACACCACCAUCCGCGUGGAGACCUUCACCUCGAAGCAGGGGAGCUCCACUCUUCACCGGGAGUCCUUCACCAGCAAGCAGCGGAUGUCAGGCACCUCGAUGAUCAAAGAGACCCACAAGGAGACUGGGAAAUCUUCCUCCACGGAUGAAGCCACGUGGGCUGCCGUGUCCGCCUGCACCAAGGACAUCGACGCGCUGGGGCGGCAGCUGGCCAGCUCCAUGCUGCAGCGCGCCUCCACAUACCAGCACACGGGUCACCUGGAGACCAAGGACAUCAACCAGGAUGAGCUGAAGGCACUUGAGGAGGUGGAGCUGAAGCUGAAAGGGAAUUUCCUCACCCAGCGGGAAGCUAACAUAGCGGGUGUGAACCAUUCACACGCCCUCCAUGGCCACGGUCACCACAGCCACCAGAAUCACCCAGGCCACCCCAGCCACCACAGCCACAGCCUGCCCAACCGCAGCCACCAGACCUAUGGCCCCUUUGAGUCCACCUAG